UAUUUUGAUAGUAAUCAGCUGUGGUCACAUUACGCUGCAUGUUAUGCAAAAGGCGUCGUGAAAUUUUGACUGGCAGAUUUUCCAUUUAAUUAACAAAUAAUCAAAGCCAGCCAACAUGGCGACGGCCGUGCCGCAUGUGCCCCCAAAGCAGGACCUUCCACCGCCCGGUGGAUACAAGAAGAUUCCUUUCGCUCGCGUGCCACCCAAGAGCUAUUUCACAGGCUUUACCAUGAUUGGAGCCUAUGUGGCCGUCACUACGGUAGGUCUAGGCAUCUAUUAUUUGACAGCUAAAAAGGUCAAGCGCGACGAAAUUGAAAUGCGCUCGGCCCAGAAUGUCAUUUUUCCUGUGCUGAUUGCGGAGCGUGAUCGUGAAUUUCUGCGUCAGCUGCGCCGCAAUCGCGACGAGGAGGCUGAACUCAUGAAGAACGUUCCCGGCUGGGAGGUGGGCACCUGGUAUGGUGAGCCCGUGUUCAAGACACUGCCAGAGGACACACUAGUCACACCCAUAUUCAAGGAGUUCUAUGCCCAUGCCGAUUGGAAAUCUUAUGCUAAGCGCGCCCAUCUGAAGCUCUGGUCGUAAACGAAUGUGGAGGCUGGGAGUAGCAGCUGCUGCUGCUUCUCCCUUACCUUCAGUUUAAAUUAGUUAAUGCACAUUAUAAAACAGUUUUGUUUGUAGCUGCGCCUAAGCGCACUUUUAAAAUGGAUAAUACACCGAAUGCACUCUGCAUUGGUUAACGUAAAACAA